GUACACCAAAACAAGACAAAUACUUGGCAGGUGGCAGGGGGGUUACCAUCCCCAAGCCAACCCAAAACCACAGGGAAGUAAUGGUAUACAGUCAUUUACCUUGAUAUGAUGAAAUUGAUAUAGAUUCAGUUUCAAGCUUCAUUGAAGAUCAUCAUCAUUCAUCAAUGGCUGAUCCAAGAAUCCCAUCCCUCCCCUUCUUGCUCAUGCUACUCCUUUUUCUGCUGCCCCAUGGCUCAAACCAGCUGGAGUUUUCACAAUCCCAAACCUUGGUGAGAAUCAAGCAGCAGCUGGAGUACCCUGAGAACCAGAGCAGGUGGAGUGAGAAUCAAGACUUUUGCAACUCUGAGCCCACACAAAUUCUCACUCUAGCCUGCUAUGAAGAUGCCAUCACUCAGCUUCAUCUCACUGGUAACCAAUGGUUUCCUCAUUUGCCACAAGAUUUUUCCACUUCUGCCCUCUUUUCAAAUCUUGCUGCUUUGCCCAACUUAAAAGUGCUGUCUUUGGUAUCCAUGGGCCUGAAGGGACCUUUGCCCCGGGAAAUUGGGGGCUUAUCUUCCCUGGAAAUACUCAACCUCAGUUCAAACUCCUUCAAUGGUCCAAUCCCCAGAGAAAUUUCAAACAUGAGAAAUCUACAGACCCUGAUUUUGGAUUACAAUGGCUUCGCUGGUAGUCUACCUGAGUGGAUAGGGUUCUUCCCUGAACUUAGGGUUCUUAGCCUCAAGAACAACUCCUUCACUGGUUCAUUCCCAAAAGCAUUGUCUAGAAUGGAGACCCUCAGGGCCCUGGUCCUGUCUGGAAACAAUUUAUCAGGACAGCUCCCUGGAUUGCAGAACUUGACAAACCUGCAAGUUCUUGAUCUGGGCAACAACAAUCUUGGAGCCCAAUUCCCCAGACUGCCUACAAAGUUGCUUUCAUUAACCCUAAGGAAGAACAGGUUCCACUCGGGAGUGUCUGAUGAAUUGAACCUGUGUUAUCAGCUUCAGCGGCUGGAUAUUUCCCAGAACCAACUUGUUGGGCCAUUGCCACCAUCCUUUCUUACACUGCCCUCACUCACUUAUCUGGACAUCAGUGGGAAUAAAUUCACAGGAAAGCUCCUGCAGAACAUGUCCUGCAAUGCACGCCUCACAUUCGCAAACCUAUCCGAAAACAGGCUCACAGGAGAUUUGCCUGAUUGCCUGCAUCACAAUGCAAAAGAUAAGAUUGUUAUGUAUGAUGGGAACUGUUUAUCCGGCAGUUACCGGUACCCGCAUCAGCAUCCUUUGCCAUUUUGUCAUAAUGAGGCUCUGGCUGUGGGAAUCACACCUCACAAGCAGCAUGAGAGAAAGCCAUACGGCAGAACAGUUCUGGCAUCGAGUAUUGUCGGAAGCUUAGCCGGGGUAGCUGUGCUGUUUGGCCUUGCAUUCCUGUUUGUGAAGAAGGAACUUGACAAAAAAUAUCAGAAUGUAAACGAAGUACCUCACACAAGAUUGACAGUGGAUAAGGUCUCCCCAGCAUACACACUUCAGCUGCUCAAGGAUGCAAGGUACAUUUCUGAAGUGAAGAAGUUGGGAGCACUUGGGAUGCCACCAUACAGAACGUUUGUUCAGGAAGAGCUCAAGGAGGCCACCAGUAACUUCAGCUCAUCAAACUUUAUUGGGGAAGGGUCUUAUGGACAGGUGUACAAAGGAUUGCUCACUGAUGGAACUAUCGUUGCCAUAAGAUGCUUGAAACUUAAGAAAAGACAAGGUAUUCAUACCUGCACACCCCAACUUGAGCUGGUUGCAAAACUCAGACAUUGCCACUUGGUUGGUGUAAUUGGCCAUUGCAUUGAGUUCUGUCAAGACGACUCUAUCAACAGGAUUUAUCUUGUGUUUGAGUAUGUGCCGAAUGGGACACUCAGAAGAUACAUAUCAGAUGGACAAUCAGGACAUAAGUUUACCUGGACACAAAGAAUAGCAGCAGGCAUUGGAGUUGCGCGAGGGAUCCAGUUUCUUCAUACGGGAAUAGUACCCGGUGUAUACUCGAACUGUCUGAAGAUAACAGACAUCCUGCUGGACAACGAUCUGUAUGUGAAGAUCAGCAAAUACAAUUUAACUCUGCUAACAGAAAAUAGGAGAUGGGAUGAAGUUGAAGGUUCCUCCCAUGGAUCAAAGGACAAUUUUCAUUCCAUGUUGAGCUGCGAGGAGAAAAAUGACAUCUAUGACUUCGGAGUAAUUCUACUUGAAAUGAUUGUAGGAAGGGCGAUAAUCUCUUCCAAUGAUGUCCAUAUCUCAAAGGACAUACUAGCAGUGAGCCUUACAGCAGAUGCCAUAGCCAGGAGGAGCAUAGUUGAUCCAUCUGUACACAAAGAGUGCUCGGAUGACUCAGUCAAGACUCUCAUUGAGCUCUGUAUACGGUGUCUAUCAAAGCAGCCAUCGGAGAGGCCUUCCGUGGAGGAUAUAUUGUGGAACUUGCAGUUUGCAGCUCAGGUUCAGGAUACGUGGAUCCGAGAUUCCCCACUACAUUCAACUAGCAGCGUUCAAGAGUCCCCACUGCAUUCAACACCAUAAGUAGAGUUCUGCUGUGCAUAUAAUUUGCAGCAGCAGUAUGUAAUGUUUUGGAUA